AUGGACCAGCAGAAUCAGAAUCAUCCAAGAAUAUUGAUACCAGAGUUAUGUAAAUUAUUUUAUAAACUCGGUUGGGUAACUGGUACAGGUGGUGGUAUCAGUAUAAAGUAUAAUAAUGAAAUAUAUAUUGCAGCAUCGGGUGUACAGAAAGAACGUAUCUUGGGAGAGGAUAUCUUUGUGAUGGAUGAGAACGAGAAGGAGAUAUCGGCACCGCCACCAAGCAAGGCAUUGCGACCAAGUCAGUGUACUCCACUGUUUUUCAAUGCCUACAGAUUGCGUGGUGCAGGCUCUGUCAUUCAUACACAUUCGCAACACGCCGUAAUGGUGACACUCAUGUAUGAGAAGGAGUUUGUUAUCACACAUCAAGAGAUGAUCAAGGGAAUCGUUAAGGGAUUCGGUGCUGCUGCCAAACACCUAGAGUAUCACGACCGUCUCGUCGUUCCAAUCAUUGAGAACACUCCACACGAGCGUGAUCUCAAAGACCGAAUGGAACGUGCAAUGCAAGCAUACCCCGAUGCAUCGGCCGUCUUGGUUAGACGUCACGGUGUCUACGUGUGGGGAUCAGACUGGGUCAAAGCAAAGACAAUGACCGAGUGUUAUGACUAUCUCUUUGAAAUCGCUGUUAAAAUGAAACAAAUCGGUUUAGAUCCAUCACAAGAACCAAUACAAAAUAAAGAAUGUUGUUAUGAUUGUUAA